CAUCCAGUCCCAAAUGAUUGCUCAGACACACUCAAGAUGCAGAGCAACGGAUCUUCAGAAAACUGUGCUGAUCCUAAUAUAACAUUUAAAAACUCUCUAUACGCAACCACUUACACCAUAAUAUUCAUUCCUGGUCUUCUGGCAAACAGUGCUGCAUUAUGGGUUUUAUGUCGCUUCAUCAGCAAGAAGAACAAAGCUGUCAUUUUUAUGAUUAAUUUGGCUGCAGCCGAUCUUGCUCAUGUUCUCUCGUUACCGCUACGAAUAUAUUAUUAUAUAAACCACACGUGGCCUUUUGGGAGAUUCCUCUGCUUGUUAUGUUUCUACCUGAAGUAUCUCAACAUGUACGCAAGCAUUUGUUUCCUUACCUGCAUAAGUAUUCAAAGGUACUACUUCCUCUUCCAUCCAUUCAAAGCCAAAGACUGGAAGCGCAGGUAUGACGUCACCAUUAGUGCUGUGGUAUGGAUUGUGGUUGGGGCUGCUUGCUCACCAUUUCCCAUUAUGAGAAACUCUGACUUAACCAACAAUUCAAAUUUCUGCUUUGCAGAUCUUGGAGUCAGGAAAAUUGACAGUAAGACAGCUUCUGUGAUUAUGGUAACGACAGCUGAGCUUUUAGGAUUUGUGGGCCCUCUAAUUAUUAUUGUAUACUGUACCUGGAAAACAAAAGAGUCGCUUCAGAAAUACGAAAUGCCUUUGCAAAAUGCCAGUGAAAAACGGAGAGCUUUACGCAUGGUUUCUAUGUGUGCAGCUGUGUUCUUUGUGUGUUUCACACCGUAUCACAUAAACUUCUUCUUCUACAUGAUGGUGAAAGAGAAUGUUAUUACACACUGCGCCAUACGCCGAAGCACUCUUUACUCUCAGCCCUUUUGCUUAAGCCUGGCAAGCCUGGACUGUUGUUUGGAUCCGAUCCUCUACUUCUUUACAACAGCAGAAUUUCAGGAUCAGUUAUCAAGACACAGCAGCGCAAUCAUCAGGAGUCGCCUGAUGAGCAAGGAGAGUGCCUCGUCGAUUAAGGAAUAA